GCCACCAUACAUUUGUCUGAGCGACGGGCGCUUCCUCGGCACUCCCUUCGGCCAGUCACAUCUGCUGCUCGCUUCGUCCUGCUCCAUCUCCAUCUCCUUAAUUCCUUCCUUCCCUCCGUCCCCACUUCCGGGAAUUGAUUUGGCUUUCUUUGCGUGCGUGUGUUUGCGAGAUCGUCGUGUGCUUGAUUGAUCUCUCAUCUCCUUCCUCCCUCUCUCCCUCCUCCUCCUGCUGCUCCUGCCGCUGUUGCUGCUGCUCGAGCCUCUGUGAUCGGUUGGUUACUGGGCGUGUGUGUGUGUGUGUGUCUGGGAGGAUCCGAGUGCCUCCGAGGGCACAGCGUCAGAGAUUGAGAGAACGAGAGAAAGAGGGAGAGGGAGGAGGAGGAGCAGCUGCGCAGGAGAAGGCUCGUCCGCCACUGUUGCCUCUGCCGGACGGACGGGACGGAGCGAGAUUGUGUGCAUCUGGUUGCCUUGUGGGCCUCUCGGUGUUGUUGAUCUUUCGAUCAUCGGAGAGCGGAGGAGGCCGGAGGGAGUUCGCAGGGCCGCGGGUCGAGAGACAGAGACGGCGGGCGGGCGAGGGUGAGAGUGAGAGAGAGAGAGAGAGCGCUCGAGAGGGACGAGGGACGAGGGACGAGGAGCUGAGAUUCAUUCGGGCGCAGGACAGAGCUUGAGGCCGCAGCUUGAGUUAAAUACGAGCGGGGGCAGAGCCGUGGAGGAAACGAGGUCGCCCGAGUUUGCCCCUUUGCAUGUGUAGGGAUAGUGGAAGAACACGAUGGGGCUCUGGGAAUCCUUUCUCAAUUGGCUCCGCAGCUUGUUUUUCAAGCAGGAAAUGGAGCUCUCGCUAAUUGGGCUUCAAAAUGCGGGGAAAACAUCAUUAGUCAAUGUGAUAGCGACUGGAGGCUACACUGAGGACAUGAUCCCUACGGUAGGGUUCAACAUGCGCAAGGUCUCAAAGGGCAACGUAACUAUCAAGUUGUGGGAUCUUGGAGGCCAACCUCGUUUCCGUAGUAUGUGGGAGCGUUACUGCAGAGGAGUGUCUGCCAUCGUUUACGUGGUUGAUGCAGCCGAUCGGGACACCAUUCCUAUAUCUAAAAGCGAAUUACAUGAUCUGCUGGGCAAGCCGUCACUCAAUGGAAUCCCGUUGCUGGUUCUGGGCAACAAGAUUGAUAAAGAGAAUGCUCUUUCCAUGCAGGCACUUUCCGAGCAGAUGGACUUGGCAAGGCUUGCCGAAAGAGACAGCAGAGAGGUUUGCUGCUACACCAUCUCAUGCAAGAACAGCACAAAUAUCAACGACGUCAUAAAUUGGUUGAUCAAGCACUCAAAAACCAAGAGCUGAUCGUUGUAUCAAAGAAGAGUCGGGGAGGUCAAACAUAGGUGGUAGUUUUUUUUUCCCACAUUAUAACUUUUCCGGAUGUCUUAACCUGGAAGUAAGACGUGGCCGAAGUUUACUGUUUGCGAAGUCCGCAAUUUUAGCAACGUGCAACGCAGAUUGCUGCACAAAAUCUAGUUUUCUUGAUUCGGAACUGUUGAAUAUCUGAGCAAAUUGGCACUCUAGAUCACACCUGCAGUUGCCAAUGUCGUCGAUCUGAAGAGAACUUCGCAAGGGUUGUAUUGAUUGCAUUGGGCAAGCUUGCCCAAAUUCUUUCUAGUUUACAGGGCUGUAAGCUAGGCCUGUUCACACUGUCUUAUACAGUGUUUGUUACUUCUACCUGUAAUAAUGUAUUUUGCUCAUCUGUGGAUAACUUCUUACCACAGUGCUCAGCUCCGUAGCGAGUGAGUGUCUUCUGCAUCCCAGAGAGCGCGUGGACAUUAGGGGGUUUGCAGAGGAAGUAAAUUCUACCCGGAACGAGUUGUGGGUUUUCUGCUCUUUUUUUUAGAGUUUUUGUUGAGAUCUCACGUGGCCGCGGUUUUCUCUAUGUCCGUGGGUGUCUCCUUCUGUAAAAGGCAGAGUUGUUAUGUAUGAAAGUUUUGGCGGGUUGCCAAGUAAAACUGUUGAGCGAAGCCAUUGUAGCGUUGAGACUGAGAGUUGCAUUUGAUUG